AUGACGACCCCUUUCUUGUCCCUUACGUUCCCCACCCCAUCCAUAUGGUCCGGCGCGAGCUCCCCGACUUCCUCCGCGGCGACAGCCCCAUCACCGCCGCCGUGGACGACCUCAGUGAAGGCGAAUCCGGAAGCCUCGGCGUCGUUUUUCAACAGUUUCGCCGAGAUCGAGUCCGCCCUCGCCGACCUCUACUUCAAAGUCGACCGCAAGCGGUCCUGGUUCGUGGGCCCCGUCGCGCUCGCCUCAGCCAACGCCGGUGACCUCGCCGCCCGCGGGGGCGACGACCCAGCCGCCGCUGCCAACCGCGAGCGCUGCCUCUCCUGGCUUGGCACCAAGAAACCAAAGUCGGUGGUGUAUGUUUGCUUCGGAAGCUGGAGCCACUUCUCCGGCGAGCAACUGAAGGACAUGGCAUUGGGGUUGAAGUUGGCCUGGCACCCGUUUGUUUGGGUGGUGAGGGAGGCCGCCGGCGAGGGGUGGAUGCCGGAGGGGUUCGAGAGGCUGUUGGAGGGGAGGGGUCCGGUGAUAAGGGGAUGGGCCCCUUAG